AUGGAAGACCUUAAGAAAAAGUUCGAGGCUUUCAGUAGUUUUAUUAAAACUCCAACUUUCGAUGGCAAAUCUUCAUGGUCAACUCAUCGCAGACAAUUUGAGGCUGCUGCGGAAGAUAAUGGAUGGAGAAAUGAAGAUAAACCAACAGCUCUCAUACUGACACUACAAAAAAAGGCCUUCGAAAUUCUGCAAAAUAUUCCAGUGAAUGAGCAGAAGGAUUGUGAAGCAGUCGUAUCAGCUUUGGAUAUCAGGUAUGGUAGUGAGCACCUUCAACAAGUCUACCAAGCUCAACUGAAGGUGAGAACUCAAGGUCCAUCAAAGAGUCUGCAGGAGUUUUGGGCCGAAGUCGAAAAAUUGGUGAGACUCCCUUACUCAGAAGCACCUGACAACUUCACCCACUGGAUUAGUGUCCAUAAUUUCAUCGAUGGGGUUCAUGACACAGAGCUGCAGCAGUCUAUGAGGAUGGCACGUCAUAAAACAUUGAAUGCCCUAGAAUUUGAAGCUGCCAAAAAUGCUUCGCGACAACAACGAAAAGUUCUAGUGAGGACCAUCAAUGAAAAGGAAGACGAAGAAACAGAUCAACUCAUGACAUCAUGUCCCCCUGCGGAAAGGAAAAAACUGCUGAAAGUCGGAAAUGCGGAAAUUCUGCUCGACGUACUCUCACAGCCUUAUGAUAUCGCCAAGGUGGUUAUACUGGAAGAUUCCAGAAUCUGUCCCAACACCGAGAAAAGUAUUCAAGAGGAAAUUGCUGGACUUGGCGGCUUCAGUACAGCAUUGAUAGAACCAUCCAACGGGUCUAAAGCAGGAAUUAUCGUGGCCAGAUCCCCCGUGAAUGUGACUCUCAAGAAAGGGCUAGUAUUAGGCACCUGCGAACCGACCGUGAAAAUCUCCAGAAUCGAAGAACAAGUCCCUCUACAGCGUGCUCAACAACCCGCAAAGGAACUCAUAUACUCUUUCAAGAAGACGUGGAGCCAUCGGUCUGAAGAAGAACUAUGCAAUGCCACCCGAUUCGUUGAGAAAGAGAACGAUAUGUUUGUGAAGAGCAAAAUCAUUGGUCGAACGGAUUUAGUUCAACAUCGCAUCAAUACUAGCAAUGCCAAUCCCAUACCUCAACCACCGAGACGACUUCCCUUCGCAAAACAAGACGAAGCUGUAUCCAUUGUUGAGGAUAUGUUGAAGGAUGGAGUAAUCGAGGAAUCAAACAGCCCCUGGUCGUCACCUGCUGUUGUGUUGGUGACUAAGAAAGAGUCAUCAGAAAGGACAGUUACUUUCUUCCCUGAAUAG